GAGGGGAGCCGAGGGGAGCCGGGCAGCGCCGGGCAGCGCCGGGCAGCGCCGGGCAGCGCCGGGCAGCGCAGCGCCGCCAUGUCCAAGUCGCUGAAGAAGAUGGUGGAGGAGAGCCGGGAGAAGAACCAGCCCGAGGUGGACAUGUGCGACCGCGGCGUCUCCAACAUGCUGGACGUGCCCGGGCUCUUUACCUUGUCUCAUAUCACGCAGCUGGUUCUCAGUCACAACAAGCUUACCACUGUGCCAGCAAACAUCGCGGACCUGAGAAAUAUAGAAGUGCUCAACUUUUUCAACAACCAGAUUGAGGAGCUGCCUACACAGAUUAGCAGCCUUCAGAAGCUCAAACACCUGAAUCUUGGCAUGAACAGAUUAAAUACCUUGCCAAGGGGAUUUGGCUCUUUACCAGCUCUGGAGGUUCUUGACUUGACUUACAACAACUUAAAUGAAAAUUCUCUACCUGGAAACUUCUUCUAUCUGACCACCCUGCGUGCACUCUAUCUAAGUGACAACGAUUUUGAAAUCCUGCCGCCAGAUAUUGGGAAGCUCACAAAGUUGCAGAUACUGAGUCUUAGAGACAAUGACCUGAUAUCACUGCCUAAAGAAAUUGGGGAGCUCACUCAGCUUAAAGAACUUCAUAUCCAGGGAAAUCGUCUUACUGUGCUGCCACCAGAACUAGGUAAUUUGGAUUUGACUGGUCAAAAGCAAGUCUUCAAAGCAGAGAACAAUCCUUGGGUGACCCCAAUAGCCGACCAGUUCCAGCUGGGAGUGUCUCAUGUUUUUGAAUACAUUCGUUCAGAAACAUACAAAUAUCUUUACGGUAGACACAUGCCGAAGUUAGAAAUUUUGAUUUCUUCUGGAAAAGUUGUUUUAUGCUGCCUUCCUCUUAAAUACAGUCCUGUUCAUAUAAUGACAUACUCCAGCCUAGGUUGUUCUAGAGAUUCAGCAGUACCUAUGACCAAAACCUGGCUGAUAAGUGUCCCAGUUCUGAGUGAUUUUUAUCUUUGGAGGUGGCAAACAAGUGCCUGACACUUGCAGUAAUCUGCACAUUGCGUUUUGUUUAUGGAGGAAAGUUUGCAUCUAAAGGGUUCUUACGGGCCAAGUUGAAACCUACAGAUGCAUUUUAUUAGACUGGUUGAUAUAAUAACCUGAGCACUCAAAAAUAUCUGAUAUUUGAGUUUUCAAAGAUAAACAUCUUCCUUUCACAUGCCAGUGCAUGGACUCUCAUUGGAUUAUGGCAGUACUGAUUCUUGCUCCUUAUUCUGGCAAUGUCAGUUUGUAAGUAUGGCAUUACAAGAUUUUUUUUUCCCCAAGUAAUCUUUACUUAUGGACAAAUAAAUGCCUUGUACUGUAUGGUGUCAUGAAUGAUAAUUAAAACUUAAUAUUUCGUCUACUUGGCAACUCUUGUAUCCACUAAUUUAGAUAAUUAUUCAUAAAGUUUGUUUCAUUGUUUAAUUAUGUGGAACGUUUAGUUUUAAUCCUCUGAAACUGUUUACUAAAGCCAGGUUUAUAUAUUUUCACAAAGUAAGUAGUGUGAGUUGCUUUCAUUAUUUCUCCACUAAAAAACAUUUCAAGAUUGAUAAGCAAGAAAAUGAGACCUUCCUAACAAAAGUGAAGGUUAGUCAUUUCUCUUUCCCUGUAAAGGAUUAAUUUGGGACAGUAGAUAAUACUAGGACGUAUUUCACAAGAAAUCUUCCGUUCUACAAACACAUUUCACAGACGGUGGAGUUUGGAAUCAGAAAGGCCACUUUCACUCAAGCGUUAGUGCAUUGGAGGUGUGUUUGGAUGGGGAUAUACGCGUGAACACUAAUGCCUAUACAUAUCAGAGAGGUAAGGAGUCUUGAGUCAGAUAAGCCAAAACACCCCCUGUGAUUCUCCUAGAAAGAGAAUUGGACUUCUAACAACUUGUGAGUUUACAUAUUGGUGUUGUAUGUGUCUGUGCACACGUAACUAUUCAUAAAUAUUCGCCCGCAUUCCUGUAUGUAUUAAGUUUAGAGAGGAAAUAAUGUAUGUAUUGUUCAGUAGAUGCAUCCAUUAUCUCAGUUCCAUUUUAGCCUCUUCUAGGAAGAAAGAUUUAGAAAACAACAGGCAUUGCAUUGUAGGCAUGUAGAAUUUUGUUGGUAUAAAAAAAAAGGUGUUAAAAUAAAUCUGUAAAAAAUAAUACCCAUAGGUAAAAUAGUGAGAUGAUCAAAAUGAAUCAUGGAAAGAACUGAUGAAAAAUGCAGAUAUUGCAGAAUCCAACUUAUUAUAUUCAUGGGUAUCAUAAUUAAUUAUUUAAUUCUAGAUAUACACAUUAUAGCCUAAAAAUGUAUUGCAGGUUUACAACUGACUAGCUAUUUUAUGUGGCAGAAUGUAGUCUUUGCAUAUUUAUUAAAAUUAUUCAUAACUGGUUGCUGCCUAGAUGAGCCGCUCCAUUCUUAUGUCCUGCUUCAAUACAUUAUCUUAACCAUUUUAUCAUGGCAUUAUAAUGGAAAUCUGUCUAAAUUUUAGAAUGAUCCAUGGGGCGUUUUCCAAAACCCCUAUCAGCAUCUCUUAAAAACACGUAUUUAUGGUUUCCAUUUAAGCAUACUUUCAAAGGGUUUAGUAGCAAUACGUAUUUUCUGCAUGUAAUUGUUCCAUUUAAAAAGAAAAAAAAAGUUUAUGUAGAAGAAAAAGACAAAAAGACAUAUACUUUUUUAAAAAGCAUAUGCACUUAAAGUUUUUGUGCUUAUCAUUUUUACAACUUACAACUAUAAAUUGCUUCUUUUAAAGAUUUCAUAGCAUGGCAAAACAUUAUUUCUGCAAUUCCGUAAGCGUCCACAUAAAUGUCCUAGCAAAGUUAUAAAAUCAAUAAUUUAAAUAGUGGGGUGUGGUACCUCACAGCUGUUUCUCCUCAGUUUUUCAGGGUAACAAGACUUCUACUGAAAAAAAGUUGCAGAAGGGGAAGGCUUUCCACCAGCAUGAUGUGUGGUUAUUGUAAUUAUAAGAUAGUCGGUUAUCUGAUGGCGGUGCUGUUCUGUAAAUCUCCUGGUUAGUUUAUGUACAUAGGUAAUGCAUCUUCAUUUACAGUAGAAUUCAAAACAAAAAAGUCUGCCUGUACCAAUAUCCAGGAGAAAAAAAAAAAAACACAACACAAUACAUCUUGUAUAUCUUUUUUUACCAUACACACACAUUUUUUUAAAGUAAUUUGGAGGCGCAGCAGAAGAAAAAGAUUUGUUUUAUGAAGGAAAACAAAAACAAAACAAAAAACAAACUUUGGACAUUUCCACGUUAGGAAAGAACAGUUACAUGUUGGGUGGGGCUCACGUAAAAUCGAAGGAGCCCGAUACUGGAGCGGGAAUGUUUUGCUUUAUGGUGAAUACCGUUGAAAUGGGCAGUGGUGCCAUUUGCAUGGUAAUGCAGCAUUAUGUCCAAAAGUUGUCAGAAGCUAUUAGAGGGUAAUGAAAUUUUAUGCAAACCGUUGGAUGGACACUUUCCACUUGAUUAAAUACAUCUUGGUGGGGAAUAAAGGAACAAUCCCUUUUUAUACAUUGUCAUUUCACAUCUUACUGGAGUACAUGCGGAUUCCCAUUUAUAAUGGAACAGAGAACAGUUUAAGAGAGAAACACAUGCUAGUUCCAAGACUAACCCUGACAAAUCUGUAGAAACACUCCUUGUGACUGCUGCUCCGUGGUCACGAUUUGCCCAUAAAAUCCUUGGAUGCAGCGAGUGCUGUACACAAGGCAGCGCUAGCUGGGCAUUUCCUGCUCCCAAAGAAGCGCAGUAUCAGUUUUGUGGAGGAUUUUGCAAAGAAAAACGCUUGCACUCCGAGUGGUGCAGGAAAUCCUAUUGCAAGAUUAAGACUUUCUACGUAGGCCUAAUACUGCAAAUAAAAUGGUAAAAACAAGAAACAAGGAAGAAGAGAGAACAUGCAACUGUGUGUGUUUUGCCUUAACUGUCUGGGGAGGUUUCUAGCUGGAUCUGCUGGCCAAGUCUAAAUAUCCCUAAGGAGAAAACUAAGGAAUUAUUUUUAGACGGCCUAUCUACCCUCUGUCUGAGCUGUACCCUUCCAUAAAGUGAGUAAAAUAUCUCUCCAUAGUGAUAUAUGUCCAUUUAAUUCCUCUGCUUAAAUGUUUGGGAUCAUUGUGCCAGGUUUUGGGAACCGUCUUCCCUGUAUUUUCAACAUAAAGUGAGUGUUUAUUUCUCUGCGGAAAGUGUGAUGCUGUGGUUCAGGUCAGUAGGAGAGUGGUGAAAGCACGUCCUACUGAACUUCAUGUUUUCUAGGGCAAAAAAACAACUCUCACAAAUUACCCAUGUGCUUCUUGUGAGCCUAGGAGUACUGUAUUGUAAUGGUCUGUAGGUCCAUGUGCACUUCUCUGAAAUGGUGUGAUAAUAGAAAUAAAUUCCCUGAUGGUGUUCAUUAGAAGUUAUGCAAGAGCAAAUGGACUAGAGAAUUACCUGAAGUCACUGGAUUGCAAAACCUUAGAGCCCAGUAACAGCUAAUGUCAAACUGCGUGCUGAUUUGGGAGCGGAUCAUCCAGCAAGGUAACUGAGCAAGACGCAGAGGAGUGCCUCAAAGCCUGUGUCAAAACGAAUUUGCACCACGAAUAGCAAAGGGGUUUUCUCUUCGUGCAGUCCGAUGAACCUCGCUCAUCUGUGCAAGCAGAGCAGAUAAAAGAUGCACUAUGGGCUUUCUGGGAGUUCUGUAAUUGAAAGGAGGUUUUCUCUGGGAAUCCAGCACAAGAAGAGGUAGGUUGGCUGGAAGCUACUGAGAAGCGAAUCUGGGUUUGGCUGAGAGUGAGCCCAGCCCGUGGCAUUAAUUGCUUUGUGAAGUCUCCGCAGCAGUGACACUUCCUAGUGCCUGUGGGGUUGUGGCAGGCUCGAGGCUUACUGUCAGUACGAUUGUUUGGGGGAUGAAAGAUGGAUCCUUUGGAAAAUUUAACCUUACUUUUCUCCUUUGGAGAGCACACAGCCUUUUUCCCUCCCAGAACAACAUGACAUCAAUUUUACCAGGAGAGCCUGAAAAACACUCUCAGCCUGUGCUUUUUUUAUUUUUUAUUUUUUUUAACUAACAUAAUAAGCAAUUUGGGCCAAUAACUAGCUUUGGUCAGUCCUUCUGUAAACAGCAGCCAAUAAGCUCCUGUAAUCAAUUUUAUUAUAACCUUUGCUGUCCUGUUAACCUACUCCAUCGAGGGGAAGUGCUUAAUGCUAUUGCCAUUACAAUCUCAGGAACUUUGAGGCAGUAAAGAAUAACACUAGUUCAACUUCAGGCCUUGUUCCUGAAGUCUAAUUUAAUGUAAUUGUUAUAUAUGGCAUUACAGAGUGGUAAACAGCUUUUUGUGCCUGCUGGGGCUUUUGUUGCUGUUGGUUUGUUGGGUGGUUGGUUUUUGUGUGUGGUUUUUUUCUUCCACCUAAUGAUGCCAACAAAAGUGACCUGGCGGUUUUCCUUUAAUUAAAAUGAGUCUAUGUGAAUUAGUGUGUGAAAAUCACGGGGUACAGCACUAAUUGGAGUUUAGGCAACCGCUUCCCUAACCUCUCACAGUGAAACUUCUAAACAAAACGUUUCAGUUUUCUUUUUAGUAUCCUGAAAGGUUUUCAUAGCUAGGUAUAAUAACGAUUCUUGACCUUUUAGGACAAAUACAGCUCUUUUUUUCCUGAAUAAAACCUUUACAGCAUCAUUCAUUUGUGGCUGGUCUUACCUGUGGUUUUGACUGCUUCUGCUUCUGGUUUUGGCAACAAAUAUCCUGAGGACCCGAGAAAAGAUUUUGUGUUAAACCCAUGACCCAUCGAGCCCAGCAGCCUCCCUGCAAGAGCUGGUAGGAGAUAGCGUUCAGGGAGAAGACUCCAGACUCCCAGCACCUGGAGCUUUUGUAUUAGGGGUGCUGGAGUCACAUCCCUGCUGUUCCUUUUAUCAUCUGUUUGUGGACCCGUUGUCCAUGAAUUCAUCUCAUUCUUCUUUGCAAUUUCUGAGGCCGUGUGCCAUCGUGGUCUCCUGCACCAGCAAGUUCUGGAUGUUCACAAUCUGCGGUGUAAAGUACUGCCUUUUUUCUGUUUGAACUGAUCUUCCUGACAUGGAAAUGGGGUUGGUUAUACGUUAAUAUUGCAUUGUUUUGCUAAUACACAGAGGCAGUGGCAAAGAGUUGUCAUAGCUGAGUCAAGCAUUCCUUUUCAGAUGAGGCACCAUAAGGCAGAAAUGAACAGCGGUGGGAGCUGAGCACCACUAUUUCUUAUGAAAGUUAGCCACUUCAUAUCAGGUAGCUCAGUGCAUCUUACCCCUGGAUGUGCUAAACCACAACUUGAGGAGUACGGAUGUGGGGAGGGGGUUUGUAAGGUGGCAGGAAGCGUAGGGGAGAAGGGUUUGUACAGGAAAGGGAGUGAUGAAUUAUAUGGAGCAAGCUUAGGAUCUCGUGGUGUGCUGGCAGCUGUGCAGUGUAUGGAAGGGGACAGUGAGUGGGGAUGGUGUGGCCUUGUUGAGCUGCCCCGGGGAUGUACGGGGAGGGGGUGAUGUCUGCAGUAUUACAGUCAGGCAAACCUGAACGCCAGGAGUGCACUAAAAGGAUUUGCUCAAGUAUGAUGAACACUUGUUUCACUGAAAAAAAAAAAUCCGGAUCAAGAGUAAAGUAACUGAUAACACUGACAGUUUUCUAAUCUCUCUAGGCUAUGAUUAUGUACAUUCUGGAAGCUCAGAAGUCAGAUGUUUGUCUAGGAUGCGUAGAGGUAGCAAAGAGUUCUGACAGCAUUAAUGGCUUUUCAGUGCAAAAUUCUAGGUGUCCUAAUUGAACCAGAAGUGCUGAAGGUUGCCAUUUUGGAGGAAAGCACUCCUGCAUAGAUUUUGAACGCCGAUUAUCAAUCUACGCUGCAGUAGACUAGAUCAAAAUCAAUAUUUCUGCCUGGAAUUCACACAGCCUCUUUGAGAGACGAGAUUAAUAUGGUUACUGUUCAACUCCAUGUUCUCAAUCAGCUAAGUAUGUGCACUUGUCAUUCAUAUUUUGUUUUUAGCUUGUUAUUCUGACAGAAAAGUCUCUGAGGAAUGAAAGGAGAGCCAGUUUGAAGAGUAAGUGAUGUAACAUUUACAUAUUUUCACACUGUUAGGGAAGCCGGCUGUUAGACUUUGAACAUUAUUUAUUCAUUUGAUGCUGCUAUUUGUUACAGACCCCUGAAAUACGUUACUGACAUAACUAAACCAUCCAUCUCGCCUUAGGAUUUCUACUGAUUGCUAAUUUUGUUGACUAGGUGGUGCAAGAAGUUUAAAAUACGUUAAAGCUAAAAAGACAGGAUUCUGUAGAGUUUUUUUUCCUAAUACUAUGUUUUCAUAGUGAGGUGCAAGAGAGGUUUGCGUUUUGUUUUGUGUUGUGUUUUUUUUUUUUUUAAUGUUGGCACACGAACCGAAAAAAACAUCAUGUUGUAGGCCUUGCAAAUCACGCGGAUUGCUUCAGUUUGUGCUGGUGUGUUCUGAAAUCAUGCAAAUGAGCUUGCUAUCAUGGUUGUUCACCCAGUGGGCGGUAAUACAACCAUCACAUUCAAAGGGGUUGAACCAACCAACUCUAAAAGCAAUUACUGGCAACACUGAUUUUUCUGUUAAUUGGCUGAACCCUUUGGAACAUGACAUUUCUAAGGACAGCAUCUGAAAUGCAUUAUUGCUUUUAUUGCUGUUAUGAUUGUUAGGAUUUGGAUGCUACCAAAAUAUUCUGGAUGACACUCAAAUAUGACAGUUCCUGAUCGUGAGAACGGAGGAGUCUGAAAGACAAAGCAAUGUCAAAGGGAAUAAACAUUGCCCAAGUGCUUUAUAAUUUCAUGAUUAUUUUUUGAUAAACCCAUUGAAAAUAUUGAAGUAUAAGGGGGUAAUUGCUUUCCAUAGUGUGUCAGGAGAGGUUUUUCCAUACAUGGCUCAGUGGAAGAACAUCGGGAGUUCACUAUGUGGGAAGUGGGUAAAUAGGACUAUGAAGCCAACAUCAUUGAUAAGGCAGAUGAAAUGGCAUUGGCAGGAAAGGAAGGGUGCUCCUUGUGUGUCAGGUUGGAGUUGGGCGACUGAAGAGACUAACACAGACUUGAGCACAAUGCAGUGAAGAAAGGGUGCUACUUUUGGUAGCUUCUGGGAUGGACCAGAGAGGUGUGAUGUAUUCAGAGGUAAAUUAUGCCUUUUGCUGUCUGGAUAGUGGGGAAUGGCUAGGUCUAGGAUUGUUGUGGACUAAACAACAUCAGGAUUCAAAACCUAUUUGCUCCAAAAUUAAUCUGUUUUCUCGUGGAAGAAUUUAUUAUUUUCAGGGCUUUGCAAUAAAACUUAAUUUGUCCAAGACUUUAUUCACGUUAACCAACCUAUGUUUAUUUCAUUAAAGCUUUCAAUCCCUUAGAACUCUGUCUCCCUCUCUGUCGUUACCAUGCUUAUUGCACUCGGCACCCCAUCAGAGGUGUUAUAUGAGUUAGUUAAUGGCUAUAUAUUCCCUUAUAGAUGCCUACGCCCAUAGGGCAUUAGUUUUAGCACUUUACUAGAUCAGAGAAUGUGUAUCUGCAUUUGGAAAAGGACUCUUCAGAAUGAACAUGAAUUCUUGAGGAUGUUUUCAAGUCUUCAGCCUAUUCCUGACCUGAAUCUGAAUAAAGAAAAGUUAAAGCAUUGGCUGUUUUUCCUAGAGCAGCUAGUGUUGCUGUGAGCAAGAUCAGAGCUUUCAGUAGGAGACCUCCGAAGCAGAGUUUUCCUGAAAGUCUUCUUCAGCCCCACCUCACACUGCUGCAGGUCAGAUCCUCUUUCCUCCUCUGCUGCUUGUUUGGCAGAAGUUCUCCCUGCUGCACAAAAGGUUAAAGCACAUCUCCCACUGCUCGGUCCUGAGGUUGUGAUAUGAGCAGUAGCUAGCUGGGACUAAAGGAAAAAGAGAAUGAACAAUUACAUGGUAUGAGUAACAGGGACGAGCUACAUCAGUAUUUAUAUCAGGCGCUGUUUUUUUUUUCUCCAAAUUCUACUUAACUGUACUACUUGUCAACUGACUGUUUAGUCAUAGUUUGGCUAAGGAAGUAUGUCACAAGAGUAGACAGGUACUUUUUUCUGUAGGCAUGACAGCAUGGUAGUGAUUGAGAGAGAGUUGAAGAGAAGGUAAGAGUGCAGGAGGCUCAGUUACAAUUAAAAAAAAUCCACCAUUGAUGAUUUUGAUAAAUAAAAUAACAAUUUGAGUCCAAUAUUUUUUUGUGUUAUUCUCAUUAAAGACCAGAUUUUUUCUCUUCUUCUUCUUCACAGAGUUGCAAUAUGCUUGAAAACAGGUCAACCUUUUUUCUCCAAGAUGAUCCCUCCCAACUUCGUCUAUCUUUCCUCAUAAGUGAACUUUCCUAGCUUUUCCUUUUGCCUGUUGUUCUCCUCUGGACUUUCACUGACUGGCUCACAUUUUCCUUGCACCUGGACACUGCCUGGAAAUAGGGCUGACAGAACUGAGUGCAGUAGGCACGCUUCUUCUCCCAUAUCACAUACAACAUUUCCUCAGCGAUGUGGUGGCAACCACUCACUUUUAGUUUCUGUCCCUCUGUAGUUCCAGAGCUCACGCUGCAGACCCAGAGCUCAGCAGCAAUUCCCAAGCAGGUAUUCCUGCAGCUAGUACUUCACAUUCAGCUCUGCCGAACUAGGGACUGUGCUUUUCAGGACACAGUAAUGGCAGUGGUAUUUCGACUGUAAAUGUUAUUUUAUUUCCCCAAAUCAUCAAUGGUAGUUUUUUUGUUUUGUUUUGUUUUUUAAUUGUAACCGAGCCUCCUGCACUCUUACUUUCUCUUCAAUAUUUCCCUGCUGUCACUCAGUAAAUCACCUUUCCUUGAGCCAGCACUCUGUUAGCAGGGAGAUGCAACACCUACAGCUCCUUCAGGCAGAGGAUGCUGCCCACCCAGAGGUCUGCCACAGAUCCUCUGUGAGGUGAGCUCAGGCACGUUCGGGCUGCCUCAGCCUUCGUGCAUGCACAGGGGUUGGGCAAUGCGUGGUCUUUAAGGUCCCUCCCAACCCCAACCAUUCUAUGAGUCUCUGAAGAUCCAUAAACCUGAUGAUUUUGGGGUGCACAAAGCGAAAACAAGUGUGUUACACUACUUAGUAGAAUUAUAUAAAGAACUAUCUAAGUGUUUUGUUGCCACAUUGCCUCUAUUUACACCUCUUAGAUUUUGGUUUAUGAGCAGCAAAAGCAAACUGUCACUAUUUGCUGUAAAUUGAAGCUUUUAAUAACUGUGUCUGUUCUACAACAUUUGUCAGCUUUGAAUAUUCUGUCAGUAGAAAAUAAAAAUAGCAGGAAAUCUCAGCAACAGUGACACUGAAAAUUUAUCUGCUUAUGCUCUAAAAGGUGUAAAAUACAGGCUUCAGGAAUAAACAUUUGUAGUUUUCCUUUCACAAAAGUAAAUUUGCAUUUACUGUGGCUAACAGUAAACUGUAUGUAGGUCCCUGCCAAAAUAAAUGAUAAAUAAUUUUUAUGUAAUGGAGUUAUCUAAACAAAUACUACUACACCUUAAAUGGUAAAAGAUGGCCAAAUAGGUAUUGUUUGGCAGACUUCAGCAUGAAGUGCGCUGUUGGAUGUGAAGAUGAAAUGGUAGAAAUGCUUUGAAGAGUGCUUCUGCUCAGGAAGAGAAAUGUUUAGCAUCUUGUAAAACUGGCUAUCAAAUGUUGUGCAUGGUUGUUUUAAAGUUGUUUUUUUUUAUUUAAAAAAAUAUUUAAUGUGGAAAUAUUAUAUGUUAAAAAUAAUAAAAAGAAAAAGGGGUUAGAUAUGCUAUCUAUAGUACGUAUAGGAAAAAUCUGCAUAUUUUGUUGCUCUUUUUUUCAGCCUCACUGAGGGAGAUGCUCUUUUGAUACUUGUAUGGAGUUAUUUUUGGUGUCAUGUUUGCUUUAUUGCUCAAUAGCAUUUUUCUUUCAU